AUGAGCAUACCAUUGGCAAGUCAUUUCAGGUUGUCUAUCGCCGAAUGCCCACAAACGGACAAUGAGGUUUGUGAUAUGUCGAAGGUACCCUAUGUCAGUGCAAUGAGGUGUCUGAUGUACUUGAGGGGUACAACCGAAUAUGGCAUCAUGUUCAGUGAACAACAGAGUGAUCUGUCAAUGGUAGGGUACAUGGAUGCUGAUUACGCAGGAGACUUAGAUGACAGGAGGUCCACCACAGGGUACGUAUUUACUCUUGUGGGAGAACCUAUUUGUUGGAAGUCUAUGGUGCAGUCACUCUUAACUUUAUCUAUUAUUGAGUUAGAGUACAUGGCAGUGGCUGAAGCUGCAAAGGAAGCAUUGUAG